UUUAAGUGGUAAGAAAACUUAUUCUAUGUCAACAUUUUGGCAUGGCAUCCGGUUAUAUUCGCUAUAAAAACUUACUAGGGAACGCCUACUAGCGAGUCUGUAGACAUAGGCGAUAUGCAGCGACAGAGUCUGUUUUUUAGACAAUACUGGUGAAUGACAAAUAGCCACCAAUGAAUAUGGUUAACGCUUUUAUUUUGUUAUGUGUGUGCUUGUGGCGUCUAGUUGAUGUGACAGAUGAAGUGAAGACAAUAUCAGCGAUGGAGGGAGAUCCUGUCACUCUACACACUGAUGCUAAUAAAAUACAGACAUAUUUGUUAAUACAGUGGAUGUUCGGAAACACUCGAAUAGCUGAAGUGGGCAAGCUCACGCAAACCAACUCCACAUAUGAUGGUCCUGAUGGUAGAUUCAGAGGCAGACUACAACUGGAUCAGACUGGAUCUCUGACCAUCACAAACACCAGAACCACAGACUCUGGACUUUAUCAAGUAACAGUUUUCAGCAGUGAGACCAGCUACAUGAGUUUCAGUGUUAUGGUCAGUGAGACUCCACAAAGUUCUACAACGCCAGAAAGUUCAACAAGCUCAAGUUUUGUGUCGUCCAAUUUAAUCGUCAACCAGACUGAAUAUGUCAACAUUACUGAACUCCAUCAGCCAAGUUCAGACCACGUCCACUGUUGUGGUUUUACUGAAACUGUGAUACGAUUGGCUGUUUCUGCUCUGGUAAGCGUGGCUGCUGUUGCUUUUCUGGUUUAUGACAUCAGAUCUACAAGAAAUGAGCUGAACAGGACGGAAGAGACUAGAUAUCACCAUCCGACCCACAGAGUAGAAUCAGACCAACAUCAGUUGAGCAGAACAAUAAGUUCCAGAUAUGUUUGCUGAAGGUUGUUUGUAUAAUUCCAAAAGGACGCAGAUACAUUUUCUUUCAUUAGCCAUUUAUUUGAUCAUAUCUGCAUAGAAGGACAUUCUAACUGAUCUUUUAAAUUACAGGAACGGUUCACCCAGAAAUGAAAAUUCC